UUGAAUCCCUUGUAACUUCAAUCGGCCCCAAAAUCCAUCUCCCUUCCUCUCGCUCACGCAAAUCCCUACCCGAAAUACUUGUUGAUUCGAGGGAAAUCUAGACGUGAAUUCGUUUUCUGUGUUGGCUAAGAAGCUGAUCUAUGGCGUCGCCAGCUGUGGAGGUUUUUACUCCGCUGCAGGAAAUUAUGUUGGAAUUUCGUGCUGGUAAGAUGGUUAUCCAUGGGACGCAUGUCAUUCCUGAUACCCGCAAAGGGCUUGUAAGAAUAGGAAGGGGUGAAGAAGGAUUAGUCCAUUUUCAAUGGCUUGAUCGGACACAGAACAUUGUUGAAGAUGAUCAGAUCAUCUUCCCAGAUGAAGCUGUUUUUGAGAAGGUGGUGCAAUCCCCUGAAAGAGUUUUCAUUUUGAAGUUUAGCUCUGAUAAUAGGAGGUUUAUCUUUUGGAUGCAGGAGCCAAAAUCUGAUGGAGACAUUCAAAUAUGCAAUUCAAUCAAUUCUUGCAUUAAUCGUCCUUUAGAUAUCAUCGUUGAAGAUGAGGCUGAAGCUUCAGUUCCUAUGCACAUAUCUGAAAUUUCUGAAGAUACAGCUGAUGAUGAUAUCUCAUCAAGAGCUGGAAACUUAGUUGACCAGAACAUGGCCGGGGAAUUGACUGGCGAAGUGACUUCAUCUGCUGGACCUGUAAAAUUGGCAGAUCUGCAAAGAAUAUUAAGAAAUAUCCAAACUCCUGAUGAUUCGAUUGAAGAUCCAGAUGCAGGUUUGGGUUUGGGAGAUAUUUUAAAGCCUGAUCUUCUCUUGCCGUUGGUUGAAUCAUUACCGUUAGAGCAGACAUUAGCCUCGUACUUGCCGGAGGGUUCAUGGAAUCCUCAUGAACUAAUGGAUUUGCUGCAGAGUCCUCCUUUCCGGCAGCAAGUAGAUUCAUUUAGUCAUGUUCUUCGGACGGGACAGAUUGAUUUGUCUCAGUUUGGAAUCAACCCGAGUAAAUACAACUUCACCGUGCUCUCGUUCCUCGAAGCGCUGGAGGAGACCGUUGCGGGAUCGUCGGAAUCCACCGGAGAGCCGGAUUCGAUGCACGAUGAGAGCAAAGGCCCUCAUUCGCAGAAGUGCGUCGAUGGCAGCAAUGCCAUGGAUGAAAGCUGAUGGAGCAGAGCUGUCUGAUUGUGUCAUAAACUCAAGAGCAUUAUAUAUAUAUAUAUAUUCAUUCAUCCGGAGCGCAGCUGGGCAGAAGAGGUUGGCAUGAGGAAGAAACUUAUUCAGUAAUGAUAUGUUUUCACUUGUUGUCUGUCGAUUAAUAAAACUUUAUUUAAUGAGAUUUUGUCCUUGCAAUUGAUUGUUGUAGCGGUAAGAUAUCUUUCCUGCAGCUUUUAUGAGGUUGGAGGAAUUUAUCACUUUUAUGUUGUGUUUUUGUCUUAAUGAUUAUAUUUCAGUGUUUGUUUUGUCUUCCGAAA